AAUAACCACAAACAACAACACUUCUCUUGGCGAUAUCUUUCGCAUCAACAUCAUUAAUUUUCAACUUUGAUCGCCACCAAAAAGAACAAUAACCCAAUAAUGCAAUUGCUAAGAACCCUAACCACAAGAACAAGGAGCCGUCGCAGUGGAUACGAGUGUGUAACCAAGCAUUCCAACUUUAGCUUACUCGGAGCAAAGCUAAGGAGCUCACGACCGUUCCUUACUAUGCUCCAUAUCGAUAGGCUUGGUGGAGACUUUCCUGCGAUUUUGGAAAAGCUUCCACGCCAAAAACCAAAUAAGACAGUGGUGACAAGCAAAUUGAGCCAUCCAAUCUUCACUCAUGUUAUUUACAUAUAUAUGUUAUUUAUAAAAAUUUACAUCGAUUCAGUUAGCCUGAUAAAGUAA